AUGGAUCGUCAACAAAAAGAAUCACUAAAUGUCUUUAAGUUAACGACAGACCAGUUGGAGUUUCUAAGAAGGGUGGCUAAUAUUGUACAGUCUGCAGCUAUGCGCAGAAAUUCAAACUUGGUACCAAUGCAAAUGAACUUGACGGAAUGUAAUAAGACAAACGGGAAGCUGAGUGUUGGAGACGCUGAGGGACUUUCCACGCUGAAGCUAUCCGUGGACAGUGUGCAGACUGCACAUAGUGUAACUUUGGAAAUCCAACCACUUCUGCAGCUGCAAGUAUCAAAGAGUCGUUAUCAUAGAGCGAAGUUUGCUGCAACACUCGGGUUGUCAGAAGAACUGUCAAAAGCCCUACGUGAGGCGGCAGUGAGUAGAUCACUGAACUACGUCAUACCUAUGCGGUUUCCUCGACGUUUCACCAUUGAUUUAAUCGGACAAAGGCCUGCUUUUGGAAACGUUGAGAUAACAGAUGGUAGAUCUCCAGGUUUCCGACAGUCGAACUCUGCAGAAAUCGUACUGGAUUCACAACAGCUGCAGUCCACGGACCGUGUUCAGACUGCAGAUAGUGUAACGGUGGAAAUCCAACCAGUUCUGCAGCUGCAAGUAUCAAAGAGACGUUAUCAUAGAGUGAAGUUUGCUGCAACACUUGAGUUGUCAGAAGCACUGUCAAAAGCCCUACGUGCGGUGGCCGUGAGCAGGUCACUGAACUACGUCAUACUUGUGCGUUUUCCUCGACAUUUCACUAUCGAUUUAAUCGGACAAAGGCCUGCUGUUGGAAACGUUGAGAUAACGGAUGGUAGAGCGCCAGGUUUCCGACAGUCGAACUCUGCAGAUAUCGUACUGGAUUCACAACAGCUGCAGUCCACGGAUCGUGUUCAGACGGCAGAUAUUGUAACGGCGGAAAUCCGACCUGCAGUCCUGCCUACACUGAUAUGUCCUCGGCAAACCGAUGACGAUAUUCUGGAAGAUGAAAAUGUUGACCGGCCAGAAGCAGCAACAGCUGUUCGACGACGUAGACGGAUCCUAUCGGCUUUAGGGAGAAGACUCCUUAAAGUCGGUAGAAUGUUAUGUUGCUGGUGCAGCACAGUACCGUCUGAGGAUACGGAAUAG